UUUUGAUGAGUUAUUUUAUUUAAAGUUUAUACACAAAUCCAAAGACGGAGUGAUGCCCUGCAUUUUUCAUACGUUAGAAGCUCUCCUCUCUUCUCCCGACGGCGUCGUUCUACUCCCUACUUACAGUUAAUCAAAAUUUUAUACAAUCUCAGUUUCUUCAAGCAUGGAGAAAAUUUGGAAGAAUAUCCGCUGCAAGCGUGUCUUAUGUAAUAAGGUCAGAAGCUACUCAAGAAUAGCUCCUCCACUUCCCGCAUAUGCCCAUCCAGUCAUUAGAGUCUCCAAUAAUGUUGCACAUCUAGGCUCCCCUAAAGAUGGACCCAAGCCCCGCCAGCUUCUAUCUUUGCCCCCAUUCCCAGGCCUUCCUUUGCCAGGGAAGGAUUCCACAGCAUCUCAUGUCACCGCAAUUAGCUGGGUCAAGUAUUACUUUGAUGAAAUCUAUGACUCUGGGAUUCAGUCGCAUUUUAAUAAGGGCCUUGUACACAUAGAGAGCAGAAGAGGCUCUAACUCUAUAGAACAAGGAGGACAAAGAUCUAUGAGAACGAUUAAGCCUAAUGAAGUCAUGGAGGCAGGCGAAAGAGUUCAUAUUGCUGUAUCGGUAGCUGAGACUAGGAUUUCUAAGAGGUUUGAGACCAUUCCAAGCGGAACUUUAUAUCCAAAUGCUGAUGAGAUUCAGUAUUUACAAAGGCGUGUCAAGUACAAGGACUCUGCUAUAAUUGUACUAAACAAGCCCCCAAGAGUACCAGUCAAGGGGAAUCUUCCAGUUCACAAUAGCAUGGACGCAUUGGCAGCUGCAGCUUUGUCUUAUGAUUAUGAUGAGGGGCCUAAGUUGGUGCAGCGCCUUGAUAGAGAGAGCAGUGGUCUCCUCUUAUUGGCACGGACAAAAGAAAGUGUAGAGCAUCUUCAAUCAUUAUUCAGUGACCAAAAUAGAUCGAGUUCCCAUUGUAAGGCUUGGGAUGAUGCAUGUGAAGCAACAUAUCAACGAUUUUGGGCAUUGGUUAUUGGAUGUCCCAAGGAAAAGGAAGGAUUAAUUCGAGCUCGUAUUUCAAAGGUGCUGCUUAAUGAUGGGAAGACUGAGAGAGUUGUCUUGGCUCAGCCAUCCGGUUUGGAACCUUCACAGGAAGCUCUAACUGAAUAUCGAGUACUGGGUCCUAGAGUAAAUGGAUGUUCAUGGGUUGAGCUACGUCCACUUACAAGACGAAAGCAUCAGCUCCGGGUGCAUUGUGCUGAAGCUCUUGGGACUCCUAUUGUUGGUGACUAUAAGUAUGGUUGGUUUGUGCACCAGAGAUGGAAGCAAAUGCCCCAAGUUGAUAUAGAGCCAUUUUCUGGGAAGCCAUACAAGUUACGGAGGCCAGCAGGUCUAGAUAUUCAGAAGGGAAGCGUCUUGUCAAAGGUCCCCCUGUUACAUCUCCAUUGUAGGGAACUUGUACUUCCAAACAUCGCAAAGUUUCUUUAUCUAUUAAAUCAAAAGUCAGAAAAUAUAUACCCUGAGCUUAGGGCAAAGCCUGAUCUUCUCCGAUUUGUGGCAUCUAUGCCAACCCACAUGAAAAUUAGUUGGAACCUCAUGUCCUCCUAUUUGGUGUAAGGGUGGUAAAAUGUUGUGUCCAUAGAGCUUGUCCCCUAUGUAGCUCUACAAAGUGAUCGUAUCCCGGUUUUUGUCAUUCAUCCUCUUUUUUGGUUUCUACUAAAAUAUUACAUCCAUUCUUGUUCAAAACAUAUAUUUUUCGCACCAUAUGAGAAAUGUUUGCGGAUAGAUUAGCUAUUGCUCUUCCCAGAAAACAGGAGGGCAAUGUUUUGUACUGCAAAAUUGAGAUAAAGGCAUCAUAGCUCUAUGUUAAGAGGUUACAAGAUCAACCUGCUGUUUUGCGUAGAUUUUGGACGUAUGCGGGGCCCUUUAAUUGUGUCAACUUUGGAGGAUUCUUCAUUUCAGAGUUAUCUUCAGCAACCUGCUUUUGGUCUGAUGCUGGCUAACUAAUUGAAAGUUGCAUUACUGUACAACUCUGGAUAUUUAUAAAAUCAUCUCAGUUGAGUUAAAUGAUGGUGAUGGUGGCGGCGAUAAUGACAAUGACUGGGUACGGGACAUUUCUUGAAGUGGCGUCUGCUAGACAACCUUCAUUGUGACAUGAGAGUAGAAAGGCUAUUCGUCCAUGAAAUUUGAUAACUAAGCUAGGUCAAUAGCUGUUGUUUCUGUAAUUAAGCAACCGUAGCUAUUUUAAAAGAGGCUGCAGGCAACAUUGCAGAGAAGCCUGACUCUAUGUUGUACGGAAAUGAAAAUGUUGAAUAAUCUGUAAAAGAAUAGGAUAUAAAUGUAAAGUUUUGGAGUUUCCGCAGUGUUUUUAGACAUAGAAAUGGAACUUUGAAGCAUAGGAUCAGAAAUUGUAAAAAUCCAACUUCCGGAAUCAUAUGAUCAGAGAAGGCUGGAAACAUAAGUUGGUAAAAAUUAGAUAUUCCAUGAA